ACCUGAUUAAUCAUCCACCUGCUAUGCAAAUACUCAAACACACACACACACACGCUACUUACUAGCCUCAUAUACAAAGUUCUGGGAGAUUUGCAUCCAAACCUCACAGCAGAGAGCUUCCUGAUGAACUGAACGCCUCAUGCAUCAUGAGUUUCUUUGGGAAGUUGAAAACAUCUGUACUACAUAGCGGCCCACCAGCUCCACCCAGGAGAACAGAUAACAGCUCUGGAUAUGGCUGGCCAGAAGACGAAUUUGACGAGGAAGAUGGUGAUACAUAUGAAGCUCCUCCAUGUGAACGUCCAACCAUUAAAGUCCAACCUCGCCAAGUAGAGGAGAAUGUUUACCUGGGUUAUCCAGAUCGAACCCCAAACCCUGUUAUUCCCAAAAGACAGGCAGCACCGCCGCCACGUCCAGCCAAGAUCACCCCGACAGGGAAAAGCAUGAAGCCAGAGCCACCUCACGACUCAGAGGAGUUUUACCUCGACCCCAAUGACAGCAAACCGCCUGAGGUCAUACGUAAUGAUAAACCUGGUAAAAGAGCCCCUCCUAAAAGACCCCCGAUGAGACCUCCACCGUCCCCUCAGCAAGACGAAGAUGUUUACUUGGACCCAAAUGAAGGGCAGGAAUAUGAUACCUUUCUAGAUCCUGUAGUAGAACCUCCUGCACCCCGAAGCCCGGCCCGCAUGCCAAUGCCUCCCAGAACUGUAGGACGAGACCUUCCACCACAAAUAAUGAAGCCACCUGUCCCGAGAGCCAAAUCUAGUUCGGUCCUGAUCGGUGACACUGCGAACAAAGUUCUGCCGCCGGAAGUAAAGCGUGCCACGUUUUCUGGCCAGCUGCCACCCGCACUAAACAGCAAACCGGUUCCUCCCAUCCUCCUCCCCAAAGAACCCAAACCCAGUCCUCCUCCUCCUCCAUCUCUGGACUGCACAGCACUUUCUUUUGGAGCAAAGCCAGUCGCUCAGGGGGCAGGGCUACAGGACAAAGAGUGGUUUGCUGGAGUUUGUGAACGUAAGACUGCAGAGGAAACCGUGCUCAGGAUUAACAAGGACGGCACGUUUCUGGUCAGAUUCAGCAGUUCUCAGAAUGACCGUCAGCCCUUCACGCUGGUCGUGCUUUACCGGCAGACCGUUUACAACAUCCCUGUGCGCUUCCUGGAGGACUCGCAACAGUACGUGCUCGGAAAAGAGGGCAAGAAGACGGAAGAGCUCUUCAGCAGUUUGCAGGAGAUGAUCUCUCAUCACAUGAAGAAUCCCAUCCUCCUGAUCGACCGUAGGAGUCAAGCUAAACACAGCACUCACCUCUCACACCCUGUUCGGCCCUAACGCUCCCGUCCCGCUCCCAGUUCAACCUCCUCCGCCUGACCCUGACCCUGAUAUCACUCUUACAAACACUCACUCAUACACUGCCUAAAUUAUUUAUUACAUUAUGUUUGUAAUGCAGUCAGGUAUUCAUAGUGUUUCUUGUGUUUAGUUCAUUUCAUGUUUGGGGAUUUUUGAAUCUAUGUAGUGGUCAUUAAAAUAAAUUCUCACAUAUAUAAUGUUUACAGGACAACAUGCUGUCUCAGUGUAAAAUAGUCGAUAAAUAAAGAAAAAU